UGUCUCGCUGUCCGCGUUUAUUCGGAGCUAACGCUAACUCCGAUCUUGGCAUUCGACCACCUCCCGUCUAAACCUUCUCACUUCUUACCACCUCGUUUCCUCAACUACAGCUUUUUAAAGAUGACUGCCCAAGUUGAUCACCCGCCAGCUCUCGAGCAAACAGCUUCAAGUAAUUCGGGAGACAUGUUGGAUCCCGCGGCUCGAAGACGACUCCAAAAUCGCCUCAAUCAACGUGCGAGCAGAAAAAGAAAGGCGUUAGAGUCUAAAGGCAAACAGAAAACGCCAGAUAGGAAAUGGAUUGUCUAUGUCGAUGAUUCAAACAUCCGAAAAAGAAGCACAUCUACUGAUGGAGCAACAAGCCAUCAAGUUACCCAACCAUCGUCGCCUCUCAAUCAAAAUAAACAAAAUCUAUCUUACCCCAACUCUUCUCGGCACGAUAAGCUUAUGAAUGAACUUUAUGGAAAAGCCAUGCAUAUGAUUGAGAACCCCGUUCUCCCACGCAAUCCCACUUUUUACGACGCCCAGUUCAAUAUAUUUCGCGCUCUGUUAAUCAAUGCCAAUCUCCUGGGCCUCACAUUUGAUCUUCUCAAUGAAGACCUUGCGUCACAGUUCAACCUCGUCGGACCGUUGAUGUCGGCGGUACAUCUCCCAGCAAGCCUGUUUCCAUCUCAGAAACAGAGGAAGAUUAUCCACCAUCCCUGGAUUGAUUUAAUUCCUGUGUUAUCUCUCCGGGAGGCUCUCCUGAUGAGGACAAAUGUAAUUGACGAAGAUGAACUAUGCUGCGACUUUUAUGGAACUUGUGGACCGUCACAAGAAGUAGAAGUCGGGAUUCGCGUUUGGGGCGAAGCUUGGGAUCCAUUUGCUUAUGAGCUCUCGGAGACAAUCAUCAGGAAAUGGAAAUGGAUGGCAACAGAUUGUCCUGACAUAGUCAAAUCUUCUAAUUACUGGAGGAGACAGCGAGGGGAAAAGCCUAUCGUGCUCGAGAUUGAGUGA